GACCUAUUUAUCGCCAUGAUUACAUUGAUUGUAGUCUUGUUUUGUGGAACUGCAGUGUUGGUUGAUGCGGCUCUUGGGCGAUCACCACACGCUGAUGAAAUUGAACAGCUAUUUCAAAGACCUGUCAACGCGAGGAUAUCCAACAGCAUUCUUAUUGAUGCUGUUUUAGAUGUGCCACUAUUGGUCAGAAAGUAUAGAUAUCCUCUGGAAGUGCACCACGUGAGAACCACCGAUGGCUACAUUCUGGGCAUGCACCGCAUCCCCCAUGGCCGAGGCAGGAACAAUGGCGCUGACUUAGACAGACCCGUGGUGUUUCUGAUGCACGGCCUACUGUCGUCUUCGGCUGAUUGGGUUUUGAUGGGACCUGGCAGUGCAUUUGCUUACGUAUUAGCCGACCAAGGUUACGAUGUUUGGAUGGGCAAUGCUCGGGGUAACUACUACUCAAGAAACCACACCAUACUUAACCCAGACACUGUUCCACUAUUUUGGAAUUUCUCUUGGGAUGAGAUAGGGAACAUUGAUUUACCUACAAUGAUUACGUACGUGCUCAGGCACACCGGGAAAGAAAGACUUCACUACAUCGGCCAUUCCCAGGGCACCACGGCUUUCUUCGUCAUGGGUUCUUUGCGACCUGAAUAUAAUGAAAAAAUCAUAUCAAUGCAUGCUUUGGCUCCAGUCGCGUACAUGGCUCAUAGCGGAAGCCACUUAAUAAAAUCUAUUAGUGAACUAUCGAAUCCACUUUACACUCUUACACGUAUGGUUGGUAUCGGCGAAUUCUUGCCCAAUCAUAAAUUGGUGACAUGGGCAGGACAAGUGCUGUGCAGAGAGAAAGCGAUAUCUCAACCAAUGUGUAGCAAUAUAUUGUUCCUCUUGGGUGGAUGGAAUGAAGAUCAACAUAAUGCGACUAUGGUGCCAGUAAAAUUGGGUCACACCCCAGCGGGAGCUUCCGUGAAACAAUUCGCUCACUACGGUCAAAGUAUGUCAGAGGGGCAGUUCAGACGCUUUGACCACGGAUCACUAUUAGGCAACAUAUUACUUUACGGUACCCCGCAGCCCCCUCGUUACGACCUGUCUAAAGUAACCAGUCCCGUUUUUCUCCACUAUUCCCCGUCCGACGCCCUUGCGGACGUUAGGGACGUAGACAGGCUGUUCGCGGAACUGGGAAGGCCAGUGGGGAAAUUCAGGAUUCCGGAUGAUCGUUUCGGACAUCUUGAUUUUAUUUGGGGCAUCGAUGCGAAUAAGAUCGUUUAUGAGAGAGUUAUAAACCUUCUUCGGGCUAUGGAUGUGCAUGGUUAAUAACAGUUAACGAGAUCCGUUGAUUACAUUUUGGGUCUUCUUGGUAAGUUGGUAGGUAUUAUUCAGGUAGUGAUCAUACUAUGCUCAAAAGGGCCACUGUACGAAUCUUUGUAUAAGGAGGCAAGUGUCAUUAUCAAUACUCUGACUUUGCUACUUGGUUCCCAUAAACACAAGCGUUGCUAUAUUUGAUGAUUUUUAUCGAGUACUAAUAAAAUGAGUAGACAAACAUCAAAAUGCUGAAUAGAAAUUUUCAAAUAAGUAAUCAGAAAUAUUUAAUCACGUAUAUUUGUUAUCUGAUAUUGAUAUUAUACAUGUACCUAUUGUA